CCCAAAAAGAGGGGAGUGGAAUCGAGCCCGUGGUGAAGGAGAGUGAAAGGGCAGUGCUCCGUUCCAGCUUCCCUCACCGCCAUGGCGCUGCCUCUGAGGUCCCUGAGUCGAGGCUUGGCAACUACAGCAAAGGGAGACCAUGGAGGGGCAGGAGCCAGCACCUGGCGCCUCCUGACCUUCGUGUUGGCGCUCCCGAGCGUGGCCCUCUGCACCCUUAACUCCUGGCUCCACUCGGGCCAUCACGAACGCCCCAAGUUCAUCCCAUACCACCACCUCCGGAUCCGCACCAAGCCCUACUCCUGGGGAGACGGAAACCACACUCUUUUCCACAAUCCUCGUGUCAACCCUCUGCCCACCGGCUAUGAACAGUGAACGGCCCUGAGGCCCCAGCCGAGGCCCCCAGGCCCAAUAAAGGUGUGGAAGUUGUG